GUGUGUGUGUGAGGGAGUGAGAGAGAGAGUGAGUGAGUGAGUGAGCGCUGAGUCGACAGUCAUGUCCCGGUUGCUGAUCCCGGUGCUGUUGCUGCUGUUGUGCGUGUGUGCGCGUGCGCGCGCGGUGCAGCAGCGGGACUACGGAGUGAAGCUGUGCGGGAGAGAGUUCAUCCGCGCCGUCAUCUUCACCUGCGGAGGGUCGCGGUGGCGGCGAGCCAUCGACCUGGAGCUACCGGGACCGGAUCCGGACCUGCUGCUCUCUUACCAAAGCUUGUCAGACGGAGACGAGCAACUGAGCUGGAUAAAAAGCAGUGACGCAGAUCCAGACGAAAGAUCCUCCAUCCUCUCUUCCUCCUCCUCCUCCUCUCUCAGUGACCUCCUCCAGGCCAUGGGAGCUCAGAGGAACACCAGAGACGAGUCGAGUCUGUCUGAGGAAGUGCAGAGGAGCUGGCUGGACUCGCUCUUCUCCUCCGGGCCACUAAGGGGCGAUCGUGUCAGGAGUUUAGACCUCGGCUGGCUUCGCGAGGACCGGAAGAGGCGUAACUACUCGCUCGGCCUGGCGGGGCUCUGCUGCAGUCAGGGCUGCACCAAGAACGACAUCGGACGCCUGUGCUGAGGAUGGAGGGAUGAAGCGGAUGAGUGCGGUCCAGGACUUAUUUACACACAGACGGACCUCUUAUCGCUGCUCCAGAAGUGUCCAGUUUGGUUUGUAAAUAUUGUGUAUGAUGUAGCAAUAUAAACAAACAAAAUUAAAAAAAAAUAAAUAAAUAAAGAUUAUUGUCAGAGAGCCAAG